AUGACGGCAAGUCUCACAGCUUCUUGCUCGAGAUCCGUCUCGGCGGCGCUCAACCUCUCCUCGCUCUCGGCCGCCCUCCCAUCGACCUCGUACGGCCUCUCGCAUCUUCAAAGUCUUGGUCAAAUCCAACACCAGCAGCGUUCCGGCUUUGCAACCUCGUCCAUCCUCUCUGAAUCGCGCAAGAAGCGCACCGCUCGCUUGAAACGCAAGACCAAUCUCGAGCAGCGCUUCCUCAAAGUACGAAUGCUCGAAUCGUCCAAGCCCGACGUCGUGCUCGGUCACCAGACCACCCCAACAGGCAGCAAAGUGUGGGAGGACAGCGAGCUGGCCAAGAUCGUGCUCAACAAGGAAGCCGUUUGGGGUGUCAAGGAGGACCGUCGGGGCAAUCUUGUGUCAAUUUCUGCGCAGGAGCAGGCGGCGGCGGCGACCAAUGCCUUCGAUACAGCAGCAGCCAAGGAGGCGACCAAAAAUGGCGGGCCGCUUCGACUCAACUUUGGUCUCGAUGGAAAGGACAGGCAGCUGCUCUUCCAGGAUCUGCCACAGGUGAUGGUCAAGGAUCGCAUUCUGGAUUCGUGGAAUUUGGGAUCGCUCAUUCGCGGCACCGCAACCCAGGCCGACGUAUCCGCGUUCGAGGACGAGUACUCCAAGGUGCAAUCGGAGGAAUCGACCAACAAAGAGGGUCUCGCUAGGAUCCUCGAUCUCAGGAACGCAAGCGGAAAAGGCAUUCAGGUGGAGAACAUCCGUCGCAUCAUUGCGCACUUUGGUGGUCGCACCCAGGACACGGGCUCGCCCGAGGUCCAGGCCGCCGUCCUGACCUACCGCAUCCGAAAUCUGCACGAGCAUCUCGCUGCCAACCGCCACGACAACUCCAACCGAAGAUCCAUGUCCCUCCUCACACACCAGAGGGCCAAAAUUCUCAAGUACCUCAAGAGGAAGAGCCCGCAGAGGUAUCACACCAUCUUGCCCAGGAUCGGCAUCGAGGCGAGAGCAGUCGAGGGAGAGAUCGUCGUUCCGGGCAAGCCAAAGAUUGCUCGUGCCUAG